AAAAUUUAUUAAAUUAUAAACCACAAAUAGAAAAAGAUAGUUUACUCAAAACCAUGACCAAGUUCGUGGUGGCUGUGAGCCUGGUGGCCCUAUUUCUAUGCCAGGUCCAGGCCGUGACCGAGGCUCCCGAAUUGGAACAAUCCACGGAAUCCCCCAUCGCGGAUAUGGCCCUCAUUGGUGAUUCGGUAAUGGCACCCAAAACUCCUACGGAGAAGCCCCCAGUGGCACCGGCCAUGGCGGAGAAAUCCGCACCGGUGGAGGCCCUGGAGAAGUCAGCUCAAGCCGUUCCGGCCGUUCAGCCACAUACGGUGGCCGAUUUUAUUAUUCAUCCACUGAUCGCCUUCAAGCCCCGCCAGGCCUCCCUCGAUGAGAUCCAGGGUAAGCAGGCACAGGCACCCGCCACUGGAGCACCCGCCACGUCCGGCACCUGGCUGUUCGGCAUGAAUCCUGCCCAGCAAUUGGGUUCGUCCUUCUCGACGCUGGCUGGUUCGGUUUCCGGCUGGUUCAACGAUCGUCUGGCUGCCGCUGGACAGCAAAUUCCCCAGAGCUUCGUAGAGACUCCGGUGAGGGAGUCCUCCACAAGCUCCACCACCAGCACCACAACCACUCAGCGUCCCGACAUUGUGGUGCGAGUCCAGCAAAGGCCACAGAGGAAUGGCAACAGGAAGGGCAAUGGAAAUGGAAACGGCAACCUCAACAAUAACUUCAAUGGAAACGGAAACGGAAAUGGUAACCGUCGUCGCCAGCGUCCCAACCGUUACAACAACCGAUUGGACUCUCUGGAGGAUGAGUACUACGAUGAGGAGGAUGACUACUUCCAGGGCAACCGUUUCGACGAAGAGUUCGAUGACGAGGACGAGGAUGAUCUCUCCCUUGAACAGUUUGAGGAUGAGGACUCCUUGGAGGCUGUCCGUCCCCAAAAGAAGCGCAAGCAGUCCCAGGUCCAAGUUCAGAACCAGAGGCGUAAGUUCGGCCAACAGAACCAGGAGGCACCGAUCAGCCAGAAGCGUCGUCCCGCCACCCAGAACAAGAAGACCCAGAAGACCACCCAGCAGAAGAAGCAGCCCGUCCAGGUGGCCGAAGACUCCGAGGAUGAGGAGGAGCUGGACGACGAUGAGAACAUCAACAACGACGACGAUGUCGAGGAUGAGGAAGAAAUUGUCGAUGAUGACAGCCAGGAGCAGGACUUUGCCCCGGAGCCGUCGGUCUUUGGUUCCUCGUCGACGUCCACACGCCGCAGCCAGAACCAGCCCAACUUCAUCCAGCGCGGCCAGCAGAGCAUCAUCAGCCAGAUCCGUCAGUUCACCCGCGGCCAGACCCCCGGCGAGCUGGGCAACACCUUUCGUCGCAGCCAGGUUGGCGGCGGAAACUCCGGCAAGACCCGCGGCCGUCCUCAGCAGGCCACUCUCGUCGUGAACCGCAACGGCCAGACCGUUUAUGUGGCCCCCGAGCUGGCCAAUGGGUAUCCUUAUGCCUACCAGGGCAAGAAGCAGAGGGUUCCCGUCUCCGGAUCCUUCCCCCAGCCACCUCUGACCGUGCCCAUUCGCCGUCAGGGACGCCCCACCCAGUACAUCACCAUUCCGUGGAGUCAGUUGGGUCUCUCGCCCCCCGAGACCCAGUCGGUCGUCUCCCUCGCCGAAGGAAUUCAGGCUCAGCCCCUGAUCCUCAACAUUCCCCAGAGCGCCAUUAACCCAGUGAGGACCGGAUCCACCACCAAUGGCCAGAAGAAGAAGAAGCGUCCUCAGCUGACCGCCGCCGCUGUGCCCCUCUUGGCCGAUGCCUCCCUGAUGGACAUCUUCCAGCCCCCCCAGAUCCCACCAUCCCGCACCGGAUCCACCUCCACCGCCGCCAUCAAGCCCAUCACCGCCCAGCCCGUCCUGAUCGCCGCCAAGCCCGUCAAGGCCGGCGGUUCGGGUCUGCUGCCCACCAGGAUUCGCCCCGGAACCAUUGUCGAGAAGGCUCCCGCCAUGGAGACUGUCGAGAAGAUGCCCGUCAUGGAAGUGGCCGAGAUGAAGCCCGAACAGGAGAUGCUUAUGGCCUCCACGGAGGCGACUCCCCAGCAGGCAGCCAACGGAGAGCAGCAGGAGUUCAUUAUUGUGGGAGAGGACGAUGAGCCCGGUCUGUCCCGGCAUGUCCAGCCAGCCUAUGGUGAUGCUCGCUAUGUGUCCUACGGAGACUUCCAUCCCUACUUUGAUCUGCUCUCCCAAAACAGGAGGUUUGCUUUGAGGAAGAGCGGUAGGUCGCUGGAGAGUCCCGAGGAGGCACAGAAGGAGGAGGUUGAGAAGAAGGAGGUCCAGAAGGAGGAGGUUGAGAAGAAGGAGGUCCAGAAUGAGGAGGUUGAGAAGAAGGAGGUCCAGAAGGUGGAGGUUCCCAAAGAGGAGGUUGAAAAGAAGGAGGAAACCCUGAAGGAGGAGGUCCCCAAAGAGGAGGUUGGCAAGAAAGAAGCCCCCAAGAAGGAGGUUGCCCAGGAGGAAUCCAAAAAAGAAGAACUCCCCAAGGAGGUCGAGACCCCCAAAGAGGAUCAGCCCCAGUCUAAGCUUCUGUAA